GGCCCUUCUCCACACAUGCGCACUGUCCUUGCUCGGGAGAUGGGUGGCUACAAUGUUUUGGGCCGGAUCUGGGGUGUAUGGCGGCGGCGGCCAGGGGUCCGCGCAGUGCCCAAGGCCCCAGGCUUUGGCACCGAAGCCGGACAUCGGCUGCGACCCCGAGGCUCCAGCAAACGGUCGAGGCCCCUGGGGGGCCAGCCAUUCCCGGGGCUGCUGCAGCUAGAGAACCUCAGUCGGGAGGAGCUGGUUGAUGUGCUGAGGGCUGCAGUAGUGGACCAGAAAGGACCUCUAGUGACAUUGAAUAAGCCACCGGGUCUACCAGUGACAGGAAAACCAGGAGAGUUGACAUUGUUCUCAGUGCUGCCAGAGCUGAGCCAGUCCCUGGGGCUUGGGGAUCAGGAGCUCCAGGUUGUGCAAGCAUCUGGGAAAGAGACCUCUGGGCUUGUACUCCUCUCCAGUUGUCCUCAGACAGCCAGCCGCCUCCAAAAGUUCUUCAUCUAUUCACGGAGAGCCCAGAGGCCCACAGCCACCUACUGUGCUGUCACUGAUGGGAUCCCAGCUACUUCUGAGGGGAAGAUCCAAGCAGCUUUGAAACUGGAACACGUUGAUGGCGUUGAUCUUCAGCAGCGAGGGUCUGGGCUUAGGUGCCAGGUGUGUGUGAAGCUUGUUCAUUCUUGGGGGCUGACACCACAGGUAAUUCCAGUGAAGUCCCCAUCCCGAAAAGACUUCCAAGAAGGUGUCAAGAGGACCCUCAGCCACUUCCAUGUGGUGGCCAUGGGCUCUGGCUGUGCCUUGGUCCAACUGCAGCCACUGACAGUGUUCCCCAGUCAGCUCCAGGUACACAUGGUACUACAGCUCUGUCCUGUGCUCGGGGAUCACACAUACUCUGCCCGCGUGGGCACUGUCCUGGGUCAGCGCUUUCUACUGCCAGCAGAGAGCACCAAGCCCCAAAGACAGGUCCCGGAUGAAGCCCUCCUCAGACGCCUCUGCCUGACCCCCUCCCAGGCUGCCCAACUGCCCUUGCAUCUCCACCUGCAUUGUCUCCAUCUUCCAGGCAUGAGGCCCGGGGAGGCCCCCAUGAAGCUUCUGGCACCCUUGCCCUCUUAUUUCUCCAGGACCCUACAGUGCUUGGGGCUCCACCAACAAUAAUGCUCCUUCUGUUCCUUUUGUUUCUGCUGGAAAGCAGUGGGGAUGGGGUGGGAGAUGAACCUACGAUGAGGCCUGAGGAGAAUGAGGUCAGUACUCAACAUGCAGUAAGGCCUCGCUUUAAGAUCCUGGGCUCUGCAUUCGGACACACCUAAGAUCAAAGCCUGCCUAGGCCACCUGCUGCAUGGGUUAGGCAAAUGACUUCAUCUCUUUGGACGUGCAUUAAUAAAAGUACCUACCUCA